ACAAAUUAUUUUUGCAUUAUAGCCAAAAAAAUUCAUAUAAAUAAAUUUAAUUGAUACAGCUCAAUGUCAGAAGUACACCAGACUGUUCUCAGUAAUGAUGCAAAUACACGGCAAACUGUAAACUCUAAUAAAGCAUCAGGAGAUGUACCCUCCAAAAAAAAAUCUUCAAAUCACAAAAGCAAAAACAGUUUACCCAAAAGUCUACGAUACGAUUUGGAAAAUGCUUUAUUGGGGUUGUGUGAUGUGUGGUUUGAAGAGAUAAAGCCGUAUUUAGUUCGCAACAACAUCAAGGUGCACGGCGAUGCCGGUGGUGGAGAUCUGAAACGUUCGUCUGCGUCACCUGAUUGCACCCACAACGAUCCAGGUAGAUUUAAUCAUCAUCGGCGACGGAAUGUAAGUUGUGUAGACUCCUCUUCAAUGCGGCUAACAGCAUCGAAAGUGCCGUGUCCCAAGCAUCCAACGCAACCGCACCCUGUUGUGCUUACAGAGAACCAAUCAUUACCGAUUCAACGACAUAACUGGAAAAAAGAGACAGUACGAAAACCGCGCAAACGGCGAAAGUGCCAAGCGCAAACUGAACCUAGACCACUCAUACCACGCCUCUGUCGUACCUGGCAACAGUGUACAGAAGCAGCUUACACUACCAUAGAACCUGUUACAAAAAUACCUUUACAUUACACCAAAACGCAGCUUUGGCAUACAAAUAUUUUUCAAAAACCAAAGAAACCUCGUACCACGGACACGUCAACACAAACUGAGGAACUUGUGAAAUAUACAAAGAACCACAAUGAAACGCCAAAAGCGAAUCCUACGUUUUCGAAGUGUACGCGACGUCCUUCCAAUACGACUUUUUUAAUUCCAAACAAUAAACAUCGCAAUGAAACCCCUUUGUUUAAAGAUGAUCUUAUCGACAUAAUAACUGAAAAGAAUGAUAAAACACUUAAAGUAUUGUACACGAGUCCAAGAAGACAAGAAAAUCCGUCUGUUAUGAAUUUAUAUUCACCAUCUGAAAGUCGUCGGAAGAAAAGUCGUAAACAGCAAAGAAUUCCACCGUGGAAAUAAUGCUUUCGAAGGCUUUCUGAAAAAAUAAUUUAUAUUGCUGCAAAUAUUUGUGUAUUUGUCAUGGUUCAUAUAUACAUAUGAAUAGGUAUAUCGCACUAAUAAUUUCUAUCCAUGGAUAUACAAUGUAA